CUCUCACUGCACUAGUAACUCUCGCUGCAUCUCACUAGCUAUCUACUCAUGCCAAGCUUGAGCCCCUGCAGAUCACUAGAAAUCAUCCUUGGCAAACACCUUCAUCAUCAGCUCUCAAGCAUGUCUAAGAUGAGGAUGUGCAAGGCCCCCGAGCUGCUGAAGAAGGCAGCGACCGUGUUCAGGAGCAAGACCGAAGCCCUAAGGACGAAGCUCGUCGUCCUGGCCUCGCUCCGCCGCAAGCUGGCGGUGGUCCGCGCAAUUUCUCACAGGAUCCAUGCGCUGGUGUCGUCGGACCGAGGGAAGCAGGCUAGGUUGGAGUACGGAGACGGGACACUCGUCUUGCGCAAGGUGGCAACAGGGAUCCUCCAUCAGGAGCAAGCUGAUCUCGGACAUGAUGAUGGUGUCAUUGAUCUAUCCGAGGUGGCGAUGUUCGAGGAAGAUGAUCGUGGCUACCCUGACUGGACGCACUCACUGUUCAACGACGAUGAGGAUGACGAAGGUCACGAUGAUAAUGGUGAUCUUGAUGUGCUCGGCGAGCCCUCGGUCAUCGACGUCAUCAGGAGCAACCGGGAGGUGGAAGGUUUGGAGUUCAACAUGGAUGAUGAGAUUGAUCAGGCUUGUGACAUGUUCAUAAGGAGAUUCCGGAAGCGGACGAAUAGGAGCUUUUAGUGAUCUUGUUUUCUGUAAGGAUGAAAAGAGUGCUAAAUUGACAAAUUGAGUGACAAUAGGUGUGUGAAAUAUAUAAUGUGUCAUUCAGUGACAAUAAUAGUUG